GUAAGUUUUAUUAUCGUCUUAUAUCCAUAAAUGCCACCUACACCUUCAGUGCAGAAUAUAUCUGUAAUAAGCAAUAAUGUAUGUACAACUGCUGAAUGCUUAGCUGCAAGUAGUUUCAUCAAACAAUAUGUCAAUCUUGAUAUAGAUCCUUGUUCUGAUUUUUUUCAAUAUACAUGUGACAGUUGGUUAAAAUCUCCUGCAAUUCAAAAUAAGACAACUGCUUAUAACAAAUUAGCUGAUAUUGAGAUACAGGGAAGAGAGAAAAUAACUAAAAUACUUGACGGAACUUAUGAAGAUAUCUCCAAGAAUUUAAAAACCAAUAGUGAUGGAUUCAACUUGGUUGAACAGGCAGAUAUCGAUAAAUCUAAUUUUCAAUUCUUAAAAGAUUAUUAUGAAGUCUGUUUAAAUCUCCAGCCUAUCAUCUCUCAAUCUAUUGCCCCACUCUAUGCUGAUAUUGCCCAUAUUCAGAAUGAUUUGUUUCCUGUCAAUCUAGCCUUAAUCAUGGCUCAUUUUACUCGUGAGGGAAUUCCCUUCUUUUUUAACCCUGUAACACAAAUUGAUAUCUUUAAUCAUGAAUAUGAUAUUCCUGUCAUCAAUUUAGCUGAUCUUAAUGUGGACAUGAACCUUGGUGAAUUAUUGACUACCUAUAUAAGUUCUACUUUGCAAUAUCCCAAAAAUGAUACUACACAUGCUCAGUUUUUACUUCAAGAGAGUCAGAAGACAAAUAUUUCAUUUUGGACACCCGAAGAAAUUGAUACUGCAGUGAUUAACUUUAGGAAUUUCGAAGAAAAGUUGAUGAACGCUACAGAAAAGAUGACGGCCACUACAACAGAAGAAACGCGUGUAACAGUGGGUGAUAUACAAAAUGUCACUACUGCAAUCGAUUGGGUCACCUACUUGGAUACUCUUGUCAUGCCGGGUUAUGCUAGUCCCAACUCUGCCAUUUAUGCUGAUAUCAGCUUUACUCAUGAAGUAGAUCAAGUUAUUCAAUCUUCUUCGCCUGAAACAAUACAGCAAUUCUUCAUCAUUCGUUAUAUCAUUCAUAAAAUCACUAAUGGUUAUGUCAAUUUUUAUCGUCCUGCUUCAACGACUACUGCUACUACUAGACAUAAUGAAACAGUAAAUGCAAGAAACUCUUUGGUCAAUGAUAAAAUCUUUAAAAGAAUUGACAAAGAAAAAAGAGCACCUGAUUCCUCUACAGCUUCUUCAAAUGAUGCUCGAAAAAUUUACUGUGCUGACCAAAUCAGUAGAACUUUCCCUCAUUUAGUAGGUCGCUUCUACACUUUGGAAACUUUUGGCGCAUCUCAAGAAAAAUUAGCAGUUGAAAAUUUUAUCAAUAACUUGAAAGAGGUAUGGUUGAAUCAUUUGCCUGGAACAAGCUGGUUUGAUCCUCAAUCAAAAGCUAGAGCUAUUGAAAAGAUCAAUAUGAUAAGUCAAACUGUUGGCUACAACACAAUUUUACAAGACUGGACUAAUCCAUCUGCCCUUAAAGCGUAUUACUCUUCAGCUAAUAAUAAUGUAGACAAGACUAGUUACUAUAAUUCGAAAACGGCUAGUACUAUUUGGAAGACAAAUCAGACCUGGAAGUCUCUAACUGAAAAAAAUCCUAGAAAUAGAUGGCUCCCUAGCAAUUAUCCACAACAAGUAAAUGCCUUUUACAAUGGUAUUCUUAAUAGUGUCUUUAUUCCCGUUGGUAUUUUGCAACAAGGCUUCUAUGAUGCAACAUUUCCAAUGUAUUUGAACUAUGGAGGAUUAGGCACUGUUAUAGGUCAUGAACUCACUCAUUCUCUUGAUAGUGAAGGACGACAUUAUAAUGAGACUGGUUAUAGAGAAGAGUGGUGGGCUCCAUCUUCUGUAGCUGAAUUCGAAUCUCGUUCACAAUGCUUUGCUAAUCAAUAUUCAAAAGAAUAUUUUAUAGAUGGAGAAACGAAUAAAAAAGUUUAUAUUGAUGGAAACUUAACUUUACCUGAAAAUAUUGCUGACAAUGGUGGUGUCUCUCUUGCUUUACUUGCAUAUAAGCAGCACAUAGAAAAACUUGGAAAGCAAGAAUUACUUUUACCUGGACUCGAAAGUUUAACACAAGAACAGUUACUCUUGAUUGGUUAUGGUAUUUCAAGAUGUGAACAUAUGCCUUCUAAUUUAGCAGGCUGGGAUAGAACGGAUACUCAUGCACCAUGGAAAGUUCGUGUCAAUCUCUCUUUAAGAAAUAACGCUGAAUUUGCAAAUAUAUUUAAUUGCCCCGUCGGUAGUCCAAUGAACCCAAAAGAAGAAAAGUGUACAUUAUGGUGAAAAGCGAGAAAAAGAAAAUAUAAUAAAAACUGUAUAUUAUAAAUAUGUAUUUUUCUUUUUUUGAUCUUGUAAAAUAAAUAAAAAAAUAUGUAUAAAU